GUGUGUGUGACGACAGUUUUCAACCAAAGUAGCUGUGCAAAAGUGUCCCAUCGGACUUUCUCGAUCGUACGUAAGCAUAAUGGCGUAUUGCGACGUGUGUUAAAAUGAAACAAAUUGUACUUUAAUUAGUGGAUUUAUUACGUUAUCGGAUGGUAUUAUAGUUCAGAAGUGUUCCUGCUAGCAGUUAGUUUCAAUUGUUGCUUGAGUUCAGCGUGUUCGAUGGCCACACGUCCUUGAGUUCCGUAUGCCGUUUUUCCCGAUCGUUCGUGGAAAGGUUGAAAAUAUUUCAAUGCACCUUGUGCUGCUGAAAAAUCGAACAAUUCGCAUACAGUUUGGUCUACGUCGACAGUGAUUGCAUAUUGUGGGCAUCGCUCGGUGCAUGCUUCACCGUACGGGAGCCUCAGAAUGGCUACCGAAGCAGGCAGAAUGUCUGUAGUAGAAAUUAUAAAUCACUACCAGAAAAGCAUUGAUAAGUCGCUGAAUGAUAAGGCAAGGCUACUGCAUUGUAUUGGCAAAUUGUAUCGACUGCCCGUUUCUGUGCAGCACUUACAGGAUACGGGGAUUGGAAGAACGGUGAACGGAUUGCGCAAGUAUGACGGUGAGGUUGGUGUGGCGGCGAAGGCUCUGGUAACCAAGUGGAAGACGAUGGUUGCCGCCGAAGAGUCCGACGAUGGUGGGGAGCAAGAAGAAGUCCCCGAGCCUCGAAACGGUUCCGAUAAUGGUGACGAUGAUGAAGAUUAUAAUGACGAAUCACGCCUACAGGUGGUCGAGCAGCAGGAGCCACCACAGGAAAGUGACGACGAUGAAUCACAAAAGGAAGAAUCUGAUGAACAUGAGAUCCAGCAAAAUAGUUGCUAUGAUGAUGAUGAUGAUGAUCAGCGCACUAGCGUCAGCCAUCGGAUCAAGCAGGAACAUGAGUCACACCAAACAUCAACAAAUGAUCGACGUACUAAGGAGCAUAGAACUGGUAAAAGCAUGAGCAGCAGUAGUAGUAGUAGUAGCCAUAGAAAAUCAUCUUCAAAAGAUCACAAAGUACGAACAGAUCGCGACAAGGAAAGAUCUGAGGCCAGUGAGCAGGAGAAAGAUAAUCAUCACAGCAGUGGAAACCAUUCUUCGAGGAAAACCUCUAGCCGCGAUGAAAAGUAUCGUAGGGACAAGCAAAGUAAAAAAGACAGCGUUAGUAACAACAGAAAAGAUUCUAGUCAUACAAAGGAAAGGGAAAGCAUACACUGUAGUAGUAAGGAAAAAAACAUAUAUAAUGAAACACAUCACUCAAAUCCAUUGCAAGAUUAUUCAAAAGAAAAGUCAAGCUCUAAGCGUGGACGAUCGCAUGAAGAAGAGAAAUUUAGUGAUAGUAAAAAAAUUAAAAAAGAGAAAUCCAGUGAACAAACCGAUAGUAGUAGCAGUAAUAGUAGAAAAGAUAAAUCAAACAGUAGAAAGAAUAGUUCACACGAAAGAUUAAGCGAAGAUCAAAUCAAGAAAGAAUUGUCUGAUGACAUAAAAAAAUUGAUUAACAUCAAGAAAGAGGUGAUUGACCAUUCUGACGAAGAUGUUGUUGGAGGAGCAAGUUUCGCAGAUGCACUGGUUCUGGGCAAUAGAGAUAAAAACAAAAAAGGCUCGUCUAAAGAUAGGAAAAAAACAAUCAAUAUCAAGAAAGAGAAAGUCGACCAUUCAGACGAAGAUGUCGAAGGUUUGGAUCACACCGACGGAACUAGUUUCGCAGAUGCACUGGCAAUGAUGAAUAGUAAAGGAAAACAUAAAAAGGCAUCGUCUAAAAACAAAAAAGACUCAGUUAGAAUAAAAAAGGAGCGAAUCGAUGAAUCGGAUGAAGAUGUCGAAGGGGUGGAUAAUGCCGGAGGAGCUAGUUUUGCAGAUGCACUAGCGAUGAUCGGUAUGCCAUCGUCGUCGAAGAAGAAAGCGUCUAGCAAAGGAAACGGAGAUAAAGCUCAGAAAUCACCCACUAGCAUGCCACCCCCAGCGGCUGUGAUUAAGAAAGAAAAAUCUUCAUCAUCUGGGAAGAGUCGAGAUUCUUACUCAGCGAACAGCAACGCUAGUGGCAGUGGCUACAGUAGCGCUUCCUCAGCACCUCCUCUACUAACUCAGAAAAUAAAACUGGAACCGUUGCCGGAAGUUUCCGAGAUAGUUGAAUCUAUGCCCAUUAUCUCGCCGCACUACAAACCAAUGCCUUUAAACCAAACUGUCAUGGAGUGUGUAUUUUCCAACAACGGACGUCCUCAGAAGCGACAGAUGAGCGAAGAAGAAGCAUUCGGGCACAGUAUGCAAUCGAAAAAUCUUCGAACGAAGGUCUAUUCGGGAGUGAAGAGCUGUAAAGAAGGGGUACCGAAACUGUUCGAUUUGUGCAUCCGUUUGUUGCAAGAAAACAUCGAUCUGAUUGAUAGCUUCGGUGGAAUUCCUUUCGAUCUGCUGAAGCCGGUCAUCGAACGGGCAACACCGGAGCAAUUGUUCAAUCUAGAACUCUACAAUCCCUACCUAAUGGAAGAUACCGAUGUGCUGUGGGAACAGCAGUGCAAGCGAAAGUUCCGAAGCCAGAAGCGGAAGGAAGAAGAAUGUGAAUCAUGGCGGGAAAUGUAUAUACGCUGCUCGGAAGAAAGAGAUGCAAAGCUAAAAAGUCUAACGCAAAACAUUAAACAGUCAAUCGAGGAAAAAGCGGCCCCGGUGCGCAAAACGCAGCUGGCCUAUGUGGACUCAGCGGUGAAACCACCACGUAACGUACUAAGCAAACAGGCAAAAUAUGGCACGGAUCGGACACCCGUUGUUUCGCCGGCAGCUCGGGUUGCGGCGUUAAAACAUGGCGCAUCCAAUGUAGCCAAAGCGGGCGAUUCGCGGUUGAAGGUUGCCGCCGGGACAAGGGAUACUGCUCAAGUUCAAGUAUUUCAACCGAUGAAACCGAAAAAAGCACCGCUAAUGGCUAAACUGAUGACUUCGAUCAAAGGUUUCAAAACUGGCUUUCGGAGGUAGAGUGGUUUGAGAUGAUCGUUUAAGAAAUGACAUUGAAUUAGGAUUGAUUCAGAACGUACAUAGGAGGCACACGUGCCAUGAUCAGUAGCCGUUAAAGGAUUGCAAUGCUGUGGUGCAGUCUGGAAAGUACAGUGAGACUAGAAGUCAUUAUUAGAUGACGAUUGAUUAACAACCUUUUACAUCCAUCAUUGUAUGGCAGUACUAUUUACGAACUACUUUACGAUCCACGUUGUUAGGCUUUAUUGAAAUGAAGCUAUACUUAUUUAUUUUCUAGUUUUACUAUUCCGCGCAUUCUGUUGCAAAAACAAUCCGAGAGGUUGUUUGAGCAUUGUGUUGUUUUUCGCCUUGGAAAAAGUUCCAUUUUUUAUAGUUCAUUAGUUGUGUAGGUGCACCAAAUUGUAAAUAAUUUUAUAGUGCUGUUCAUUCAGUUUACGUUCAAUAGAGUACUCUUUUGCGACCUAGGUUCCACUUCUCAAAAUAAAAAAAAAGUUUCCCAAAAAUGUAACUGUUAAAAUCUA